AUGGAGCACGAAAGUUUUGAUAAAAAUGACUUUUUCCUUAAAGUUUUGCGUUCGGGAUUAAAAAAUAAUAGCAUAACUGAUGUUAAAGUAGUGAAAGAGUUCCAUAAUGACAAGAAGGGUCAAAAUUUUUUGAGCAAUUUGUUUGCUGUAACUUUAGAAUACACACAUUUACUUUCAAAAAAUGGUUCGUCCAACGCAAUUAAAGAUUCUGCUAAUUUGUUCAUAAAAGAACCACUGCCAGAUAAAACUCACGCGUUGUUGUUCGAGAUGGAUGUUUUCGAUAUAGAGUCACAAAUUUUGAGCGAGGUUUUGCCUAAAAUUGAACAAAUAGUUGGAGUUAAAAUUGGCCCUAAAUUUAUAUACCAAUCAAAAGAACCUUCUGCAAUCAUAAUGGAGGAUUUGUGUCAAUUCCAGUUUAAGAUUAAAGACCAAAUGGUAGGUUUAUCUAAAGAUCAUAUAGGCAUGGUCAUUGAAACACUUGCUAAAUAUCAUGCAGGAUCGAUUGUGUUGGAAGAAAAGCAACCCGGAUUUCUUCAACAGUUCCGUCAAAAUUUAUUCAGUAGACAAACGCAUCUGAAUUUUUUAGGAAUGUUAGCGACUAGUCUUGAAGACCUUGCAAAAAAUAUGCUUAGUUGGCCAGAUGCAAGGUGCGUUAAAGCCGGUUAUAAGCUUCAAAAUAUCUCUGAGAGCAUCGUAGAAUCUUCCAUAAAAAGUAUUGAUUAUGACGAAGAUGAAUUUUGUGUUUUGAAUCACGAUGACUUCUUCUUGGAAAAAUAUUUGAAAACUCUAAAAAAUACCAUGGAAAAACUUGACUGCAGACGAAAACUGCCGACUUUUGAUGAGCUUAAAUUGUCAAUGUGGAAGCGACGAUCUUUAGGUCUCAUAAGCGGAUUGGUAUUUUAUCCUAAGGUUGCGAUUAAAGCUGAGGAUAUUGGUACUAUAAAAGACGUUCUAGAUAAUCAAUUGAAAGAGAUCAAUAUCUAUUCAACGCCGGAAGUUGUCGAAAAAUUAACCAAGCUCAUUCCUUUUCUGGAAGAAAAAGGCUAUUUGGAUUGA